AUGGAUCCCGCUUCGGUGUUGGGCCUUGUCUCGUCCAUCGCUGGGCUAAUCGAGACAACAGUGAAAAUCAUUAGCUAUGUGAACGACGUCCAGAAUGCCCCAACUGAACGGGCACAGCUUGCCCGGCACGCUUCGAGCCUUCUAGCAAUGUUGACUGAUCUGAGAUAUCGGGUGGAAGAAGCCAAAUCCACCUCGGAUGCAUGGUUCACGGCUCUUCGCGGCCUGGGGGUAUCAGGAGGACCCCUCGAUCAGUUACGGGACCAACUGGAACUUUUGGCGACGAAGCUUGAUCCACCGAGAGGACGGCUACAAAGGGUAGGAAGGGCCUUAACCUGGACGCUCGACAAGAAAGAGAUCGAAAAGAUCCUUGAGCAAAUUGAACAUGUCGAGAUGCUCGUUAUGCUUGCCUUGCAGAAUGAUCACUUCAAGCUUUCUCUGGAAAUGAAACAAGACCUAAUCGACGUGAAAGGGGACUUACGGGGGGCCAUUGAUGGAGCUACUGCGGCACGACAAGUUGAAGAAUUUCAGAAGGUUACUGCCUGGCUCUCCAGCCUCGACUUUGCAGUCAAACAGGUUGACUUUGUUAAUCGCCGACAAGUUGGAACCGGAGAAUGGUUCCUCUCUGACCCUAGAUUCCAGCAAUGGCUCACUGGGGAGGAGAGAACCCUAUGGUGCCCAGGGCUACCGGGCGCUGGCAAGACAAUACUCUCGUCAAUGGUCGUUGAUUGGCUCGAGAGUCAGCAUCAAGGCACGGAUACUGCUGUGAUCUACCUUUACUGCAACUACAAAGAAGAGGAAAUUCAAACAGCACAGAACUUGAUAGGGAGCUUGUUGAAGCAGGCUGUCCAACACAGGCCCAGUGCUCUUCCCGCCGAUGUGCUGAGUCUCUACAACAAAUUCCUCGAGAAAAAGACUGGCCCCAGGCUAGAUGAGCUCUCCAGGCUGCUUGCACAAGAAGUCAACACUUACUCACAGGUAUUCGUGGUAAUAGAUGCUCUCGAUGAAUGUCCCGAGGGCAACAACACAAGAGGUGAACUGCUCACAGAGAUUCAAAAGCUGCCCUCGAAUGCACGAAUCCUUAUUACCUCGAGAUAUUCUCCAAAGAUCGAUGAGGGAUUCGAGAACGUCCCACACAUUGAGAUCCGCGCAACGAAUCAAGACGUCGAGCUGUAUGUCAAAGGCCGCAUCGAAAAAGAGAGGUCGCUGGCAGCGCAUGUCCUUAGAGACAGGCCCCUAACGGAGGAAGUUAUUGAGACCGUCGUUGAGAGAAGCCGAGGAAUGUUUCUGCUUGCUCAGUUCCAUAUGGAUAAUCUGGCCAAAAGCCUCAAUCGCCGCGAACUCCGCCAGGCAUUAGACAGUCUACCAGAAGAACUGGACGAGAUCUAUGAACAGGCCAUGCUGCGGAUCAAGAACCAAGACGAACGCCGGGCUGCCCUAGCUUACAAAGUGCUGUAUUGGAUUUCCUAUUCGCUCCGGCCACUCACCGUCAUGGAACUGCAGCACGCCCUGGCGGUCGAGCCAGGUGAUGACGAUCUCGACGAAGAUGGUCUUUAUGAGCCUGAACUCAUGGUCUCAGUAUGUGCCGGUCUUGUAACUGUGGACGAGGAAAGUCAUCAAAUUCGCCUAGUGCACUACACAACUCAAAGUUACUUUGAGCGCACCCGUAUAACCCGGUUCCCCGAAGCUCUUUCAACAAUGGCCAAGGCAUGCUUGACAUAUUUGUCCUUCCGCCUGUUUGCUGAGAAAUACUGCUCAGAAACAAGCGAAGUUGAAACCCGCCUUAGCCACUAUCCCUUCUUGAGGUAUGCAGCCAGCUACUGGGAACAUCACGUCCGCGACGGAAUGGACGAAGAUAUCCAUCAGCUCGCCUUAAGAUAUUUAAGCAACAACAUCAGCAUCUUAAAUACUAUCCAGGCAAGCGAGCGCGUGGAGUCCCGGUUUCGUUUGAAGUGGUACGUCGGCACAAAUUUCACUCGACUUCACACCGUCGCUUGGUUCGGUCUUGUCGAGAUUGCACGAGAUUUGCUGGUGGGCAGCGUCAACCUGAAUGCACGAGCGUAUGAGAAUUUUACACCCCUUCACAUGGCGGCAGAGCGAGGCCACACUCAAAUGGUUAGCUUGCUGUUACAGGCGGGAGCCGAGGUCUCACCCAGAACGUUCGAAGAAGAGACGCCAUUGCAUAUAGCCGCUGGAGCGGGACACCAUUCCGUGGUGCAAGUUCUCAUCGAUGCGGGGGCAGACUGUAAUGACUGUAUGCCCUCCGGCAGACUGUCGCCGCUCCAUGUUGCACUAGAGUAUGGCCAUAUCGAUGUCGCGCGAGUUCUGAUUGAGAAUGGGGCAGAUGUCAGCCAGAAGCAUGUUUACACUGAGAGGACCCCAUUGAUCCAAGCCGUGGAGCAUGGUCACGAGGCUCUGGUUCUCUUGCUCCUCAAUAAUGGGGCCGAUAUAUCUGCAGCUCAGAAAGGUGGCCUGACAGCGCUCCAUGCGGCAGCUCGAUCUGGUCAAGAUAGGCUUGUGGAGAUGUUGAUCUCAAGAGGCAGUGAUGUCUCCAUCCAGGGCGAAGGAGGAGAAACAGCGUUGCACUACGCAGCAAGGUUUGGUUAUGAUAGGCUUGUGGAGAUGUUGAUCUUGAGAGGCAUUGAUAUCUCCAUCCAGGACAAAGAAGGGAAAACAGCGUUACACCACGCAGCAGAGAAUGAGAAUGGUGAUGAUAGCGUUGUGGAGAUGUUGAUCUCGAGAGGCAUUGAUAUAUCCAUCCAGGACAAAGAAGGGAAAACAGCGUUGCACUACGUAGCAGGGUGGGGACAAGCAGGAUUGGCGCAGCUAUUAUUGAAAAGCGAAGCAAACCCACUCACCGAGGACAACGAAGGUACCACCGCAAUUCAUGAAGCAGCGAUGCACAAGCAAGAGGAAGUCCUGAAGCUGUUGCUCGAACACGUGGGCAAGGGAAAUGAGACCGAGCGAUGGCUCGCGACUACACGUCUCCGCGAGGCUGUCGAUCAAGCAAAAAAGGGCGAAGUCAGGUCCCUGCUGGAAAAGGGGGCAGAUCCCAAUUUUUGGGAAAAUUCAUGGGUCUCUCUCUUGCACCUCGCUAUUGUGCGCGAGGACGCCGACGUGCUGCAGCUCCUAUUGACCAACCAGGCUAACGUCAGCGUGAAAGACUAUUGUGGUAGGACCGCUUUGCACUGGGCAGCCUUUAGAAAUUACGACGUUGGCGUUCGACUCCUCCUCGAGCAUGGUGCCGAUACCCAAGCGACAGAUGAUUAUGGCAUAACGCCAUUGCAUUUUGCAGCAGCAUAUGGAAGUGCUUCGGUAGUGAAGCGAUUGCUCGAUAAUGGAUCACUACUGAAUGCGAAAGACAAGAAGGAACAAACAGCUCUAGCCUGGUUCUUCCGUCCAGACUUGUUGAGCUGGAAUCCUCAUAUGAUCCGUAAGAAUGACUUAUUGCCCGAAGAGGAAAGAGAAGACGAGGAACAAAGAGCCAGAAGAUAUCCGGAUAUUCUUGACCUCCUUAUCGAGAAGGGCGCCGAUCUAAAUGAGCCUCUGCCAACCUGGAAUACCAUUCUGUUGUUGGCUGCCGAAUCCUGGCCGCGUUUUGCCAGAGUGCCUCUGAUACAGCGAGCUCUUGAAGCCGGGGCAGAUGUGGCAGAACAGAACGAGGAUGGUAAGAGUGCGUUGUAUCUGGCAGCAGUUGGUGGAGAUGUAGAAGCAGUACGACUACUCCUGGAGCAUGGAGCCGACCCCAAUCAAAGAAAUAAGAGGAACAAAUUCGGUCCUGGUGAUCACGAUGAGCAUGGCACCACGGCACUCCAUGAAGCAGCGCAGAGGGGUAACGUGGAAAUGGCGCGCCUGCUCAUCGAAGCCGGAGCAGAUGCGGAAGCCGCUGAUGAAGACGGGAACACGGUAUUACAUGAGGCAGUCAACGAGCCGGCAAUCAAGAAGGGUGCGACACCAGCGAUCAUUGACCUCCUUCUUGCUCAAGGGGUUGAUAUCAACGCUCACUAUGGUGGCAAGAAAGCAACUGUACUCCACCAUGCAGUUAUGAAAGGAGAUGUCGCGACGGUGCAGUUUCUACUUGAACGCGGUGCUAACAUUGCCGCUACGGACGUCGAAGAGAUGACGGCUCUUGACUGGGCGAAGGAGUCAGGCCAUGAAGCAAUGAUAUUCGUUCUAAGUCGCCAUAGCACGCGGACUUAG